AUGAACAUUUCCAUUCACCCUCUGGCCAACAACAGCAGCGGCAACCUGCCUGUCACUCCACCUGCCACACCAAAGCAAGAACUCACCGUCUCCGCAAGAUUGCUCAUGCACCACACACUUAAUGCAGAUUUUACCAAAAAGUAUGUUCUUGGUCAGGAACUUGGAAGCGGAGGUUUUGGAUUCGUUGUAUCUGCGUAUGAGAAGAAGACUGGCGUUGAGCGUGCUGUUAAGUUUAUCAUUCGCAAAAAAGUGCCAUCUAGUGCUUGGGUCACUGAUCCUGAAAUGGGUCCCAUUCCAAUGGAGAUUUAUACACUUAAACAUGUCAGACAUCCCAAUAUCAUUCAUUAUUGCGAUUCAUACCAGGACGAAACCUACUUUUACUUGGUCAUGGAAUUGCACGGCACGCAAUGGGCUCCUCCCACUACUACCUCUGCUACUGCUAUUCCAUCAAAUACAUCCUACUCGAUGCACUCACCUGCUCUGUCACAAAACUCAACAUCCACCAUUGAUGAAGAAGAAGAGGAACACGAUUUGGAAGUGGCUGCUAGACAGUUUGUGCGUCGUACAUCUUGCGAUCUGUUUGAAUGCAUUGAACAACACAAACACUUUGACGAAGCACUUGCAAAGACCAUCUUCAGACAAAUUGCGGACUGCGUUGCCUAUCUCGACUGUGUGGGCAUCUGCCAUCGAGACAUCAAGGAUGAAAACAUUGUCAUCGAUCAAGAUUACAAGGUCAAGUUGAUCGAUUUCGGCUCUUCUGUGAUUCUACCUCGUCAUUCCGCUACUACAAAAAGAAAGCUCUUUACAAGAUUCUAUGGAACUGUGUCUUUUGCUUCUCCCGAAAUCCUGACAUCGCAACCUUACCGUGCCGAGCCUGCCGAAAUCUGGUCAUUGGGCGUGCUGCUGUUCACAUUGCUCUUUGGUGAGAUCCCCUUUCCCGAUUCCAAAUCUGCUGUUGAAGGCCGUAUCAUGAAGCCAAAGAUCCAUGUCUCUAAUCAAUGCAAGCAUUUGAUAUACUCUUUACUGGAAAAGAACCCUGAACAUAGACCCACUAUUCAUCAAGUCCUGACACACCCUUGGUUAUGCGAAAACUAA